GCAAAAACUGAGAAUCAAAAAGAGCGAUGAGAGAGAAAGUUUAAGAGAGAGAAGAUCUCAAGAGCCACAUACACAACUUGUGGCUCUCCUUGCUUCUUGCUUUGCUAACGUGGCUGUACGAUCAAAAGCCUACUCGACGACGACGACGACGACGAAAUCACACACACCCAAAAGAUCCGCACCCUUUGUUUGUCAGAGACAAUAGAUCUGUUCCUUUUAUCCAACCAAAACCCAUCGCUGAAUUCUAUUUUUCUGCCUGAAAUGUCGGAGGGAAAAGAUCCUGCUAUUAAGUUGUUUGGUAAGACGAUUCAGCUGCCUGACGGAGUUUUUAGUCAAGAGGCUGUAUCAGGCGAUGCCGCCGGAGGUGGAGGUGCAGGUGGAGAUGCUGCUUCUGUCAAGAGUGAAGAUCGGUCGUCUUCUUCUAGUUCAUCGUCUGAAGUUGGGGAAGAACGUGAAUCAGAUGAUAAUAAUAAGGAUCAAUCAAACGACAAAUCCACUGAUAAAGAAGAGAAUAUAGCUCAUUCUACAAUCUCUUCAGAAAUUACAGACCCAAAUGCAACUUCAAUGAUAACCGAGACCACCAAAACACCUUCACCUGAAAACGAAUCUGCUACUGCUAGUGUUACCACAAAAGCAUCAAAAUCAGAAGAAGAUCAAAGUGAUACAAGCAACAACAACCAAGAAAAAACCCUAAAAAAACCAGACAAGAUCCUCCCUUGUCCUCGAUGCAACAGCAUGGAUACCAAAUUCUGCUACUACAACAACUACAAUGUCAACCAACCUCGCCACUUCUGCAAAAACUGUCAAAGAUACUGGACAGCUGGCGGCACUAUGAGAAACGUUCCAGUAGGCGCCGGACGCCGUAAGAACAAAACAUCCGCCUCUCAAUACCGCCAGAUCACUGUAUCAGAUUCUUCUCUUCCAAUUGAGCUCAAUCACACACUCAUUAAUCCCAAUGGCACUGUUCUUACAUUUGGUUCAGACACACCUCUCUGUGAAUCAAUGGCUUCUGUUCUUAAAAUUGCAGACAAAACAAUGAUUCGUAAGCCUGAAGAGUUAAUAAUCAAUGAUGACAACACAAAUAGACCUUCAGUUAAUGAUAUGCAAAGUUGCCAUGGAUUCUCACCACAGGUGCCUUGUUUUCCCGGGGGCCCGCCCCCAUGGGGUGCCCCGUAUCCGUGGACUCCUCAAAUGGGUCCCGUUUUUUGUCCACCUGGCUUCCCGAUGCCAUUCUACCCGGCCGGCCCGUAUUGGGGUUGUCCUGUACCCGUACCCGUAUCCGUAUCCAUACCCGGCCCGUAUUGGGUUCCUCCUCCGGGUAAUUACCAUCCUGCCCCUCCUUCGGGUCCGAUUUCGCCGACUCUGGGGAAACAUUCGAGGGACGAGAAUGUAAAAUGCGGGGAGAGUGAAGAAGUGAUGAAAGAAAACGAGAGUGAAAAGAGUCUUUGGGUUCCGAAAACAUUGCGGAUUGAUGAUCCUGAUGAAGCUGCAAAAAGCUCAAUAUGGGCGACAUUGGGAAUAAAAAAAGAUGGAUCUGUUCCUGUGAAUCGAGGGGGUAUUUUCAAGGCGUUUGAAUCUAAAAAUGAAGAAAAGAAAAUGAUUCAAGAAACAUCAACAUCGCCUGCGUUACAAGCGAAUCCUGCAGCUUUAUCAAGUGACAUGCAAAUGGGAAAGAAAGAAAGGUUGCUAUUUGAAAGACUUAAUGUUCGUACCUAG